UUUUGACAACAUCACUGAUGAUGGAAUAGAGGCCAUUCUUGAUUUAAAAAAUUGUCAAGGUGAAAAAAGAUGGUUACAUACUGUUGAUAAUUAUUUAACAGUCUCAGGGGUCUUGCCACCAUCAUCAUUGCAUCAUCCUACAAAAUUAUCCAUAUUUUAA